UAUGCCAUUAUAAAAAUUUCAAGAUCUCAGCUCUGGAAGGCUCGAACGCCAUAGAAGAAGUCAUCUUAAAGGCAUAUCAACAUGUCAUGAACACUACUGAACACUAGGUGGCCAUUACAGAGUUUUGGUUGUUUCUUUGAACUGGGGUUCUUGGUAAACCAUGUCCUUGUUCAGCAUUUGUCAUUUUGUAAUCAUUACCUGCUUCCUGUUUGAUAGAUCGACACUACCCAACUCUGAUUCAAUGCUGGAAAACGAUAGCUAUGAUGCCCCUGAUGGCCAGCUCAUCAUGUCCCGUCUCCAAUGGGACGGCUCCUCUGAUAUCUCACCAUCAGACUCUGCAUCUUCAAAAGCUAGCACCAAUAACUCUGAAUCUAAGAGACCUAAGAAAAAGAAGAAGCCCAGCACGCUGUCUCUGACCUCUGCUGGAGGUGGAAGAGAGAGGGACAAAGGGCAGGAGCGAGAGAGAGGAGACAGAGAGAGAGUAGCGGGCGGCGGGAGCGGUGGCGGUAGCAGCAGCUCCCAGAAUGCACUGGGCUUGUCCAGUCGUAAAAAGCGACCAAAACUGCCAGUUCCUCCGGCCCCCAGCAUCUACGAUGAUCUGAACUAACGAAACUUGCACAUACUUACACAUAUUUUCUGAUCAGUCCUUAUAUGAUCUCUGGUUUUCACCAUUUCAAGGCACAUGAGCGAAACAAGUCAAACUCACUGUUGAAAGUGUGUGUAAGAGAGGAAAGGUAUGGGCAGCAUUUCAGACAUUUGUUAUGGCACAGUGUUGCACAGUGAAAAGUGAGUGUUUUGUGACUAAAUGUGAUUUUUGUAUGUGGAUGUGAGUUGGAGUGAGAAUUUAUUUAAUUUUUAUUUUUUUGCUAUGCAGUUCACUAUCAUUGUGUUAUUGCAUAGUCUUGUCUGUAUGUAUACAUGAGAUUUAGGUUUACAGUGACACAUGAAUAUGUGCCAUGGUGUGCAUGAGUGAAUGGGUUGUUGCAAAUAUUUUGUCCCUGGUGGUUCAUGUAAUACAGUCGGUUAAUCUGUGCAAUGUCCUGUACUGGUUUUAAAGGGUGUCUUUUCAUCAUAUUGUCUUGCUAAUGUUACUGCACCUGUUGAUCUCAGCUGCUUUCUGCUAUUACUCAUACUCUCUUGACAAUGUCUUGCUAAAUAAUGCAUUUCUAUAGUGCUAUAAUAGCUUUCUGCCAAAUCUGUGGACACAAUCUUUAGCCUUUUGUGUUAAGAAGUUAUCUUGUUUGAAUAAGAAUCUACAAGAAUCUUGUUUGUCGUCAUGGCUAAUUUUUCUUGUUUGAUACUCUAUUUAUUUAGUCUGCCUUGUGAAUAUAAUAUUUGUCUUUUUUUAUAUAAUCAUGACUUUUUGAUCGAACAUAUGCAUUUUUUUUUUGGAUUACAAGGUGUAAAAUGGCCGAAGAGUUUGUGAUCUUAGAGCACUUACUAUGAUGUGUUAGGUGUCAGCUUGUUUUGUUUGAAAUAUGUUUGGGUAAAAAAAAAAAAAAUGUCAGAAAUGCAAAUAGUAAUUGAAAAUGCACUUAAAAUGGAUCAAAUCCAGCCCAUAUAGAUGCCUUGUCUUUUUUGGUAUAGUUUUAUUUUUGUCACUGAGCUGUUUGUGAAUUGUGUUGCUUUAAGUUUAAAUAACCUGAGACCUUUCUAUGAGUGGGAAUGGAAAUGUCUGCAUGAUGGAGGGAAAAACAAAGCAUGGUACAACUUACACAGGGUAUGCCAUUGCUGUGGGUGGAUAUUUCUUGUGCUAUGCUGAGUUAUUGCUCUCUUUCUCUCGAUGGACUGUAGUAUCUCUGUAAUAGUCUAAAUAAAUGUCUCAGGUUUCACAA